GUUCAGUCUGCUCACAGCAGCUCUCCGUUAGUCUCUCUCUCUCUCUCUCUCUGCCAGGAUGGACGAGUUUGGUUAUAGAUUAUUGAUUAUUGUGUUUCUGCUGCCGAUCAACUGUUUACACUCAGUUUACAUCAGUGACCGCACAGAUUCUCUCCAUCAGCUCCUGUCGGACUUCCGUGUCGUUCGUCCAAUCAGGACCAACUCAGAGGGGCGUUUCCUGUCAGCGUCAGUCUCCGCCCACCACCUGCACCGCAGCAAAAGACACGCCCACUCCUCCGAGAGCACGCCCACUGACUCAAACAAGGACAAUAAAAAAACAGACACGCCCACAUUACGCCUGACCCCGCCCACACACGCGUCGCCGUCCAAUCAGACAGGGCACAGCUGGAGGGGGAAGAGGUACAGGGCUGAGGAGGCGGAGCUUUUCUACAACGUGACGGUGUUUGGUCAGGAGCUGCACCUGCGACUGCGUCCGAACUCCCGCCUCGUCGCCCCCGCCGCCACCAUGGAGUGGUGGGAGGAGUCAGGACACAAACACUCUCAGCCAAUAGGAGACGCCGGCUGCUUCUACACAGGAGAGGUGUCCAACAUGGAGGACACGUCCGUCGCCAUCAGCAACUGUGACGGACUGGCCGGGAUGAUCCGGACGGGUCAGGAAGAGUUUUUCAUCGAGCCGUUGGAUCGACGGAGGACAGGAGGAGGAGAAGAAGAGGAGGAAGAGGAGGAAGGAGGAAGGCAACAUAUCAUUUAUCGCUCCUCAGCCAUCAUCAAGAAACAACCAGCUGUCAAUCAAACUGAAGCUGUCAAUCAAACUGCUGAUGACUUCCUCCGAGGUCCUCUUUUAGGUUCUCUGAACUUGAACCAGAAUGUGUUGUGGUCAAGAUCCGACUCAGCUCGACGACGGCGCUACAUUGAAGAGGCCGAACUAUUUAAUAUUGAGGUUUUGUUAGCUGUGGACUAUUCUGUUCUUCUUUUCCACGGCCGAGACCACAUUCAGAAAUAUCUUCUGACACUCAUGAACAUAGUUAAUGAGAUCUAUCAGGAUCAUUCUCUGGGCGCCAACAUCAACGUUGUUCUGGUCAGAAUCAUCAUGUUGUCUCCAUCAAAGUCUCAGGAGAUGGUGUCUGUGGGGAAUCCCCAGAAGAGUCUGGAGAAUGUUUGUGGAUGGUCGUAUCUCCAGCAGAGGGAACAGAGUCACACCGAGCAGCACGACCACACCAUCUACCUGACCAGGCAGGAGUUCGGCCCCUCCGGCAUGCAGGGUUAUGCUCCAGUUACAGGAAUGUGUCACCUGCAUCGGAGUUGCGUCCUCGUCUUUGAGGACGGUUUUUCCUCAGCCUUCGUAGCUGCACAUGAAACAGGACACGUGUUAGGGAUGGAGCAUGAUGGCGAGGCAAAUGACUGCGCUGACGACGUGCCGUUGGGCAGCAUCAUGUCUCCACGGGUUCAGGCCACCUUCCAUCGAUACCACUGGUCCCGGUGCAGCUGGAGGGAGCUGCACAAGCACCUGGAUACCUAUGACUGUCUCCGUGACGACCCGUUCAACCAUGAUUGGCCGGCUCUGCCUCAGUUGCCAGGGUUUCAGUACUCCAUGGACCAACAGUGUCGCUUUGACUUUGGACCAGGAUACAGUCUCUGUACUGUAUACACGACCCAUGACCCCUGUAAACAGCUGUGGUGCAGCGACUACAACAACCCGUUCUACUGUAAGACCAAGAAAGGUCCCCCGCUCGAUGGGACAAAGUGUGGACCGGGGAAGCACUGUUUUAAGGGUUUCUGCAUGAAGUUGACCCCUGACCUGCUGAGACAAGAUGGCGGCUGGGGAACAUGGAGUCCGUACGGCAGCUGCUCCAGGACCUGCGGGGGCGGGGUCAGGUUUCGGGCCAGGCGCUGCGACAACCCAGCUCCAGCCAACGGGGGGCGCACCUGCUUCGGAAACAGUUAUGAGUUCCAGCUGUGCAGCCAAGAGGAGUGUCCACCACUGACUGACUUCAGGGAGGAUCAGUGUAAAGUCUGGAAUCCAUUUUAUGAACAUGAAGGAAAGAAACAUCACUGGCUGCCAUACCAACACCCUGACCCUGAUUUACGCUGUCGUAUGUACUGUCAGUCGAAGGAAACGUCCGCGGUGGUUUCCAUGAACAGAAUGGUGCAUGAUGGGACGCCGUGUUCCUACAGCGAUGGCCACAGCGUCUGCGUCCGAGGAGAGUGUGAGCAUGUAGGUUGUGAUGGACAGAUCGCUUCAGACCAGCAGGAGGAUCGAUGUGGAGUCUGUGGUGGAGAUAACUCCAGCUGUAAGAUCAUCAAAGGAAACUUCACCCGCAGCACCAAGAAACAAGGUUACCUGAAGAUCCUGGAGAUCCCCAAAGGAGCCCGACACCUGCUGAUCCAGGAGUUCAAAGGGACUCCUCACAUCCUGGCGGUGAGGAACCAGGAGACAGAUCACCUCUUCCUCAACGAUGAAGAUGAGCUCCCAGAAUCCCGAAUGGUGAUUGAGAAGGGUGUGGCAUGGGAGUACAGCAACACUGAGGAGCAGGAGUCCAUCCAGACCACAGGGCCACUGAAAUACGGAGUCCUGCUCAUGGUUCGUUCCCAUGGCGACUCCAAGGUGACAGUGUCUUAUAAGUACAUCAUCCAGGAUCAUCUUCGGUCCCCGCUGGAGUCCAACCUGGUGCAGGAGGACGCCAUCUUUUACGAGUGGGCGCUGAAGAAGUGGUCAAACUGCUCCAAACCCUGUGGAGGAGGGAAACAGUACACAAGGUUUGGCUGCCGGAGGAAGGCUGAUGGGAAAAUGGUUCACAGGAUGUUCUGCUCCAACAUCAACAAACCGAGAGCUAUUAGCCGCAUCUGCAACACCCACGCCUGCAGCUUGCCACGCUGGGUGACCGGAGAGUGGGAGGACUGCAGCGCCUCCUGUGGUCACACAGGGUGGCAGCGUCGCUGGGUGAGCUGCCAGCAGACGUCCAGCAGGGGGCCACAGCAGCAGCAGCGCUCGGUGAACAGCAAACUCUGUGGCGGGGACCGACCGUACGGGAAACAAACAUGCAACCGCUUCCCCUGCCCCGCUGCCUGGCGAGCCGGACCCUGGACCCCGUGUUCGGUAUCAUGUGGAAAUGGGACUCAGGAGCGCCAGGUUGCGUGUUCGAGUCCCGAGGGUUCAGCUCAAAACUGCAGUGAGCCUCGACCAAUCACAACCCGCACCUGCCAGGCCCCACCCUGUAGCGGUGACCAGAAGAACUCCAUCAUUCAGUGGCUGUCCAGGUCUAACAGAAACUUCACAGCUCCAAAGAUCUCCUCCAGGCAGCGUUGCCGUGGUGACCGCUCAGUGUUUUGCCGGAUGGAGGUGUUGAGUCGGUACUGCUCCAAUGCUGGAUACCGUCAGAUGUGCUGCAAGUCUUGCAGCGAGGGAAACUUCAGCAACUCUGACAACUUCAGCAACUUCAGCAGCACGAACCCGCCGACUGCCAACAGCAGUUCGUGGAGUUUAACCACAGAGACGAGUACUUCAGCAUCCACCUCCUCCUGGUCUGACAGCAGCUACAUCAUCAGUGACAUUGUUAGCGACGUCAUCAGCGCUCCACCUCCCAGCUUCACUCCGCCCCCCACCAGCAGGAGCAGCACCGACUUCGUGUACGUGGAGUACAACGAUUACGACGAGUAUUCGUCCUAUGAGGAUCCUUCUGUUUCCUCUGACGUCAUUCCAACUACAACCACUACGACAAGGCGGCCAAGAAAAACUGCUUCACCACAUUUAUUCAAGAGCACUCCCACAAUGCCCCCUGCUACAGUUCCCACAGUAACUGCUGAUGGUCAAAGUCCAACAGCAGGGCCGGACAGGACGUCUGCCGUCCCACAGUUCCCCACCGCCACAACAUCAGCUGAUCCUGAUGACAUCAUCCCCGCCACAUCAUUAUCAAACAAAAUGUCAGGAGGAAGGAGCCUUCAAACUAAAACUACUCUGACAGAAACUGAACCAACACCAACAUCGUCCUCCUUCUUCCCGCUCUCUAAGAAGGAGAACAACUCGGUGGACGAGGUCCCGUACCGGAUCGUGGGAUUGGAUGGUGACAUCAACAGGGGACAGCAGAACUACUUUGUGCCGCGGAUGCCGCCGUUCCGCGAGCGAACACAAAACAGACGCAUCCAGCAGCUUCUGAACGAGAAACGACGUCAGGACCUUCUGAAGCGAUACAGCAGGAGCAGAGAGGGCAGGACUGACAGGAAACACGCCGGAUUAUAAAAACAUGAAAAUAUUUCUGCUGAGGUUUUAGUUUUAUUGUUCACUUGUGAUGCCGCAUCUGCAGCUUGCUCACUUUCUGCUAACGCUAACGAACUCUCAACGAGAAACAGAAACAGAGCCGACAACAAAACAAACGACUGAUGAUGAUUUUCCACCAGGGUCUCUGGAUUUUCAGUUGACGGUCGUGUUUUAAAGCAACAUUAGCUGUCCUUGAAUCACAAAAAGUGUAAAGUAUCCUGAAGUCUAGACUGGAUCCUAAAAGUUUAGCUGUAUAAGACCAGAAUGUGGAAACGUUCGCUUCAUUCCAAAAACUCCUCAUCCAUCAGAGUUUGUCUGGUUUUCAGUUGUUGUUCUUUUUACAUUACUGAUGUUUGUACCAAAUAAUCCUGUUUCUAAAUAAAGCAAAGUCUCAUCCA